AUGGAUGAACGCAAAGCGCCAAGUCAUGCUGCUCAUGGCGCCCUACAUAACCCUGGCAAAGGGGACAGGUCUUCCGACCGAGACAACGGGAGUGAGGGAGGCGAGUCGUCGAAUAAGUAUCGAAGAAUCGAUCAGGAGGGUGCCAGAACUUCGACGGCUUCCGAGCAAAGCAACCGUUUCUUGUUUGUCGACUCGUCCUCCACUGGGCAAAGACCGCGUUCUGACCAGCGAGCAAUCAAUGCACACAUCCAGCAGACUGCGCACAGAAAUCGAAAGCAAGCCGCACAAAGGCAGAGAACGACAGGGACCGCGAACAUAGGACGAUAUCGACGUGAGCCGCAAUUGCAGCCACGGCCUAUCGAGCCCCAACCGACUACUCCCGUCACCCUUGGGCGACGCGGUCCUCUUCAACCACAGCCAUUUACCAGUCGUGAAAGCUCUUUGACGCCACAAUCACCACUCACACCGCGAGAAGAGACUGUUAGUCCCGAACCGCCAGCGCCUACCCGCUCGGAAUCUCCUCCAGAAUUCGACCGCGAGCAAGUAGACCGAUUACGGCACUAUAGCAGCGUUCGUGGAGCAGAAGUUCGCAAUGCCAUCACUACGCAGCAGCAUGAACGAAAGGCAUCAACUGAAGUCGCUCGACGGGCGAACUUGGAAGACGAAAACACCUCGGUGAGGUCCAUGCUCACCCAGAUUUUGCAACGGCUGGAUGCUGGCCAUGCGGGCCGCAUGAUUCAAUCUUCUCCUAAUUCAUCACUGGACAACACGCUCCUUGACCCCUUUAACAUCAGCUCUGUACAUAUUACCCCAAGCAUGAAUGCUGUUUUGCGUCAUUUUUCCGAUGUUAUGAUACCCACCGUGUUUCCUACUCGACACCAAGCCGAAAUCCAGACUCGAUGGACCUUUCAAAAUGCAGCCCAGGAUCCACUGGUCUUGUACUCGCUCCUAGCAGUUGCGUCAGCCGAGCGAAGUGCGCGUUUGGGAGAAUUACGAAAUGGUUCGAUCGAGACGACAUUCACCGAAGCGGACCUCGAAAACCGCACCGUCCCCGAAUUUGUUUCAUAUAAGGUGAACGCCGUGAGGAUUGCGAAUGAGACGAUGAAAUCGAUGGAAAAGGCCACCCAAGCUUCAACGAUGUUUGCCAUGAUGUGUUUGCUUUCUAUCGAGGUUAUCACGGGAAAUCAAAAGGAAAUAUUUGCGCAUGUUUCGGGAUUGCAGAAACUGAUCGCCUGGCGCGGCGGGUAUCAUGGGAUACCUCCUCAUGCUACGGAACUCAUCCUAUCUACGUCUUAUAUGUGCGCCGCGCUGACACGAUCUUUACCUGCGGCGCCUCCUACCUCUGCACUGCCUUCCCUACCUGCAAGUUUGGUCGAAGAAAUCAGGCAAAACGUGAGUGAGGACGUGAAAAAAAUGGGCAGGGGCAUAUUGACCGCGGACAUUGAUACCAUACUGGACUGGAGAAUAUCACAAGCUUUUCGAGACAUGAAGGACGUCGUUCAAUACCGGGAAUACUACCACGAAAAGCAGCUGCUCCCUGCGCCCGAGGAAAAUGACUACAUCAGCGCCAAAAGCUACCAUUUCCGCUACGCAGCAUUGUCCGCGCCGUUUGAGCCACGAGAGCCUGCCAGCGACAAAGAAGAGGCCUGUCGUCUCGCGUUGCUCAUCUUCUGGUUCAGCAACUUUCAGAUCUCUCGACCUGAUUCAGCACUCAACCGGACAUUGACCUCACAGUUGAAGUCCGCCUUGCAGGCUUCAGAUUUAAAAGGUCUCUGGGGCCCCCAUUAUCAACUCCUGGCAUGGGUUCUCCUGCUGGGUGCAUAUAUCUCCGCAGGGCAGAGGGAGAGGCCGUGGUUCGUGCUGAAUCUUGCGAGGGUGUCUAGAGUCCUCAGACUCCAAAACUGGGACGAGGUCCGCCAGUUGCUGUUGCAAUUCUUCUAUCUCGACCGGAUCUACGCUGAGGGUAUGCGACAGAGCUGGGAGGAAGCCUCACUGUUGGCGGAGACGAUGGAGGCUGGGCUUGCAUGA